AUGAUGAUUCCACCCAAACUUCAGGUAACCCACGAGUCACCUGACCUGGUGUUUCAAAUUCAGCCAGUGCACUUCCAACCUCGAAUCCAACUCAGCUCUUCGAAAAGUCCAAGAUCGACCACACGUUUGAAGGAUUUGUCCUACUCCUUACUACCUUCCAUUACAAUCCUGAAGUCGCUGCUUGACCUGUCUAUUGUCGGACUCUGA